GCAUGCAAGGUCUACAUGAGUUCAAAUUGUAGGCUAUUUAAAAGUUGAAAGUGUAAUUAUGGUUUGGGAUCAAUGUCAGCGUGUCCUUCUGAGGCGGGCGAGUUCAGACUGAUGGGAUCUCUCAGGUCUGGCGUGCUGAUGCUGGGAUUGACUGACUGAGUGCUUCGGUGAGCCUCUCGAUUGUGUUUUGAGGAUUUGGGCUUAAAUAUUCAAAAUGGCGGACGGAGGAGCAGCGAGUCAAGAUGAGAGUUCAGGACCAGAUUCUAGAAUGAGUAAUCCAUCGGAAACAAGUAAAUGUGCAAUGGAGAGCGGGGACGAAAGCACUGGUGCCCAAACAAAUGGACUGGACUUUCACAGGCAGACUGUGCAAACAACAAGCGCAAUCACCAACGCACACGCACAGGCCUUGCUCCAACAGUUGACUUUGACUCCAGCGCAGCAGCAGUUAUUGCUGCAGCAGGCUCAGGCUCAGCUCUUAGCAGCAGCGGUGCAGCAUUCAGCCAGCCAGCAGAGCAACACUACAGGAGCCAGCAUCUCUGCCUCUGCUGCCACCCCCAUCACCCUCUCCCAACCCAUCCAGAUCACACCUCAAUUACAGCAACUGCAACAGCAGCAGAACCUCAACCUGCAGCAGUUUGUGCUGGUCCAGCCGGGCCACCCCAUCGCAACACAGCUGCAGCCGGCGCAGUUCAUCAUCUCGCAGACACCACAGGGCCAGCAGAGUCUCCUGCAGGCCCAGAACCUUCUAACUCAACUACCUCAAAGCCAAGCCAACCUCCUGCAGACCCAACCAAGCAUCACACUUUCCACACAGCCUGCUACACCUACACGCACGAUAGCAGCGACCCCCAUCCAAUCCCUUCCUCACAGCCAACCGACACCAAAGCACAUCGACACACCCAGCCUGGAGGAGCCCAGCGACCUGGAGGAGCUAGAGCAGUUUGCCAAGACCUUCAAACAGAGACGCAUCAAACUGGGCUUCACGCAGGGGGAUGUUGGCCUUGCAAUGGGGAAACUUUAUGGAAAUGACUUCAGCCAGACCACCAUUUCUCGCUUUGAGGCCUUAAACCUGAGCUUUAAAAACAUGUGCAAACUGAAGCCUCUGCUUGAAAAAUGGCUCAAUGAUGCAGUUUGUGCAGAGAACCAGACGUCUGACCAGGCCCUGUCCAGCCCCAGCUCUCUUGGCUCGCCUGGGCUGGGCUUGGAGGGUCUGAACCGCCGCCGCAAGAAGAGGACCAGCAUUGAGACCAACAUCAGAGUGGCCUUAGAAAAGAGCUUUCUGGAGCAGAACCACAAACCUACCUCUGAGGAGAUCACCAUGAUUGCGGACCAGCUCAACAUGGAGAAGGAGGUGAUCCGAGUAUGGUUCUGUAACCGCAGACAGAAAGAGAAGAGGAUCAACCCACCCAGCAGCGGCAGCGCCAUCAGCACUCCUAUCAAAGCAAUCUUCUCUCCCACCACACCUCUGGCACUGAGUACAGCAAGUCUUGUGACCAGUAACACACCGACUACGAUGACUGUAAACCCAGUUAUGCCUCUCACCAGCACCAGUGUCUCCAGUUUUACUGGCACAACUGUUGGCUCAGCUCCCACUAACAUUGCAUCGGUCAUCUCCACUGCACCUGUAGUCACCACAGCAGCAUCCUCUCCUUCGAUCAGCCCUUCCCCCACCGCAGCACAGACGUCCUCCUCAGAGCAGGCUUCAGCUCAGGAGAUAUUGACGGCAGUAAGUCAGGCACCUUGCUCCUUGGCGACAACUCUGUGCACUGGGCAGGUGAUGGUGGCGGCGCCCAGCCUCUCAGCUGCUCUGCAAGGAGCCACUCAGCUGCCCACCAGCGCAAGCAUCGCUGCCAUGGCUGCAGCCGCAGGCCUCAAUCCUGGCCUCAUGGCGUCCUCACAGUUCACUCCUGGCGGAGCUCUUCUAAGUUUGGCACCUGGUGGUCUUGGAAGCGCUUUGAGUCCAGCACUGAUGAGCAACAGCACCUUGGCCACAAUCCAAGGUCUGUGGAGCGCUCUGGCAUCUAGUGGCACUCUGCCCAUUACAUCUCUGGACGGGAGCGGGAACUUUCUGUUUGCCAACACCUGCGCUGGCAGCACCCCUAACCUCGUGACAGCACCGCUCUUUUUGAACCCUCAGAACUUGUCACUGCUUGCCAGUAACCCGGUCAGCCUGGUAUCUGCCGGAGGGGCCGCGGGAGCCCUCAACCUGCACAUCACCACCGAUUCCCACCAGAGCGCUGUUACCACUGCAACUAUGCCCGCCUCCACCAUCACCACGGCCUCUAAGGCCCAGUAAAAGCUUUACCCACUCCUCUUCUCUCCUAAACCCCUUUCCUCUUUCUAAGUUUUUCUUUAAUAUCUUGCUACCACCAAAAACAAACCUACUAAAUGGGAUUUAUUGUUGUUUUAAUGUUUAAGUUUGUAUGUCCUAACUUUUCACAUAUCUUUUACACCUUAAUCUGUGAUGUUUGGACCUCAUUGAUGAUCAACCUUAAGAGAAUGUUGGCGUCUCCAGCACAGGGCUUGCAUCAGGAGAGCAAAAAACCUCCCUGGACAUUGUGCCAAGUCUCUGUGUGACUCAAAGACAUAUUCGUUUCAGUGAACAUGCUCUUUUCUCCCAUUUUCACAUCAGACCUCUUCUUCAGAGGUAUUUCUGAAAUGCUUUUAACCAAAAAACUUAGUUUACUCUGUGUUGAAUGAUACAUUCUUACUGCUGACAGUAACCUCCUCAUUCUUUUAUGAUCUCAUCUCUUUUCACUGGACAUCCUGCUUUAAGAUGUUCCUGCCCCCUGGAACGUUUCCUUUUAGAUGCACAUGAUUUAUUUUUAUCAAACAGUGGGUUAGCUUUAUGUCCAGUAUCUUACUAACUCAUGGUUACAAGGCUUUAAAUGGAGUAAUAAGCGGCUGCGAUGCGGUUUCAUUGCUUUAAGGAAUCGUUCGACAGGCCUUUCUUUCUUUCUAGUGAAACACUUUCAGAUACUGUUUUCAUAUCAUUUUGUAGUUUACUCAGUAGCAGAAGACUAGUCUGGGUCUGAAUUUUUUUUUACCCAGUAACAAGCUCACUUAAUACUAAAAGCUUUAACGAAUUAUGAGAUGAUUCGUCAAGGAGUUGUUCAGAGUGGGCAACAGUAACUAAGCAGUCUACUUUGAAGCUUCAGUAACCGAGAGCUUGCAAGUCUUACGUUAGCAUCAGGACUGUGUAACCGCGCAAGGUAAACCUCCUCAAGGUCUUCCUAACAUGGGAUGUACUUAUGGUAUCACCACCCGAUUGUGAAGGUGUAGGUCAAGCAAGAUAAAGUUGAGGUGGAUGAUGUUCAAAUGGGUUUUUAUUUCAUCGGGUCUUUGAUUUUCUACUUGUGCACAGUAUCUGUACCAAAAAACUGGAUUUGAGAACUGCAGUCUGCUCCGUUUUUAGCAGAACUUCUGUCACGCUUUAAGAGGUCUUUAUUUCAGAGGUAUUUGUAUUGCCUCUAUUUCAAGAUAUACCAAAAAUCUUUGUUAUACCUGUUGCUGUAUAUUGCUACUGUAGCAUAGUUUAAGCCUAAAUAUUUAUGAGCGAAGUCUCUCGUUAGACCACAUGAAAUAUAAUGCAAUAUUUUUGAUCUUCUCCAAAGAUGAAAACAUAGUUCUUUUAUUGUUUUUCUUUUGUUUGAGAUGACCGUCCCUCCUCAAUUUUGUAGUGUCAGUGAAACUAACCAAAUAGAUUGAAGCGAGAACAGGACGUGAUGCUACAGCAUAGGACCAGUUUGAGGUCUGGGAUUGUCCCUUCUGCUGGUCAAUGAUGAGGACUUUUAGUGAGACAUAUAGGGGAGUCGUCUUCCCAUUCUGUUCAGAUAAUUGAAAAUUGUAAACGCGGAAGUCAUGCAAGUGUGUUCUUAGCUGACAGGCUUUUUGAACAUUUUCCCUUCUUUAUAAUUACAAGGUGACAGAUUCAGUCCUCCGUAAUCUGAAAUCAGGGACAUCUCUGAAUUUUAAAGAGCCCCUUGUCCCUCCAGCCUAAUGUGUAGGCUUACCAUGGAGGACAGUAAAGUGGGCCUGAAAUAUCUGUUAUAAAUGGGUGAGAUGAGCUGGAUGGUCUGUUUUGUUUUUCCCUACCAAUGUAAUGCAGCCAUGAUGUAAAGCUUGAACCAAAGUGGAUUUCUCACUAGCUGCUGUGCCUGUGUGGGCCAGUGCAAUGCUGACCACACUUUCACUACUCACUACUGACAAACUUUUCCAUCUAUUACACAUCUUUUAAACCCUACACUUUUGACUUGCAUUUUCCAACAAAUCGUGUUCAGCAUUCUGAAAAAAUAAAGCUUCUCUAGCGCAGUGCUAUCUUGCUUAAGCGCUCAAUAUCCAAGCAUUUAACGAUCCAAAGAGAAUCUUAAGGGCCUUGUGUUUAGUGCUGUUGAGAUUUUGGGAGUCUGUCCUUGGUUUCAUUGUUUUACCUUCUUGGUGAGUCUUUGUUUUGGAUGUAAUCUCAUAGGACUCAACACCGAUGCUGCGUUUCAUUGAAUGAAUAGCAAUAGAUAUUUCAAGAUCUAGAAGAACCUGUGGCAGUACAGAUGGCUCUCAAAUGGCUUCACAUGAUGAAGAAGGUGGAUUUUUAGGAUUGUAGUGAUACAUUUUGUUGUUGUUGUUGUUGUUAAUAAAUGAUGCAGGCAGGCAUUCUGGGAGAAUUACAGUACUGUUUCGUCCAAGCAUUGCUUUUAACACUCACAUUUUGAAUUCUGUGGCAUGGAGGUCAAGAGUCUCCCAUUACUGUCCCUUUCAUCUUUUGUUACUGUGGCCCUGUCUGUCAAUUUUUGUUCUGACUGUUUUCUAGCGAUGCUAUUUGUAUUUUAUUGUUAAUAUGGUUUGAAAUACCUCAGCAGCACUUACAUGGAAGGUUCACUUUAAGCAAAAGACACCAGAAGUCAACUCCAGAAUGUACAAAAGCUGUUUUUUACAGUCCAAUUUAAAAUGACCAACAUGUAUAACCAAUCUACAAAGUAUAUAACAGAAAAAUCUGUAAUAAUAAUAAUGUCACAUAAGUCUACUACUGCUAUUUCAAGUACUACUACUACUACUAAAACGGUAUGUCCAGGUUAACUUGUAAUGAAUAUUUUGUUAUCCUGUUUGCCAAAGUAAAAAAGAAAAAGCCUUUGUCUUUGCGGCUGGGUCUUGUUGCUGCUCAUUCCGCUGGUUCUGUCCGGAAAUUUCAACGUAGCCUCUCUGGACAUGUAGAUUUGUGUGUUGUUUUGCGCGUUAGUGUCAUGACCCGGUGGUCGCCAGGACUGUGGGGUGUUACUGAUAUAUUUAUCUGAGGAAUUACUCAAAGAUUAGAGAACUUCUUUUCUAAAUUCUAUAUAUAUAUAUUCACUUAUGUAAGAUGCUCAUAUUUUAUAUUUGAACUAAUAUCUAGUGUGAAUGUAGUGUUUUUGUCAUGCUUAUUCAUUAAAAGAAAAAAAAAAGAAAAAAAUUCCUUCAUUUAUAUUAUAACUAUUCUUAAAAAAAAAAAAAAAAAAAAAAAAAAAGUCCAGACCAAAAAGUGCAACCACACCCUUAUGAUGUGGGAGUGGCUGUUGUGUGCCCUGCCCACAUUUAAAUGAGGUUUGUUUGAGUGGGAGGGGCUUGUGAUGGUGCUCCCAGCUUUCAUUGAUGUAACAGACUUGAUAGCACCAAACUAUUCUUACUUAGAAUUAUUUUUUACAUUUUUGUUGCUUUUAAUGAAUUUAAUUUACCAUGUUGCUUUUAAACAAUCAUUUGAAUUUACUUUAUGCCUUUUUUUUGUAUAUCACGAGGGAGCAACGUCACUGGCUUUCUUAGUUUAACAAAAACUUGCAUUUAUCAUUUAUGCCUUACUAUAAUUUCAGAGUUUGACACAUUGUAGCAAACUAUAAUAUGUUGACGUGAGAGAUGAUUUUGUUUCGGUUGUGAAUUCAUGUGUGUGAGCGCAUAUGAAAGAGCAUGCACCAGUGUCAAACUCAUAUGGUGCAUAUCAACCAUGAAAAUAACGCUGUGAGUUUUAUUUGUGUCUUGUGAUAUUUUAGAGGUGUUGCUACCUAUUUUGUAGGUAAAAUUCAAGCCGGUUGGAUACCUGUUAAAAGCUUUACUAAUAACUCCACUCCAGCUGAUAUGUAGGGGUCGCGAGUGGUGCAUUUACUUUAAAUCAUAAUACUUUAGAGAGGUUCUGUCUGAUGUAAUAUAAAAAGUGAGACUUUUUAGUGACGCAUAUCGGUAAGAAAUACAGGAUUUUUCUUUUUUUUUAAGUGGAUAUAAGGAAGAAUCAUGCAUCAUUUGAUGCAAUUGACCACUUGGCUGUAAAUGAUAUCUUUUUGAACCUGUGUGCUCAUGAGAUGUUUCGGAUGUGAUUUAUCCAAGGAUGUUGAACCUGGCAGCAGCUUUGUACAUUUGAAGUUGUUGUGGAUCCUUUCUGGCACUUGAUUUUUGCGUGUCUGGAUGCUCUGACUUGUGAUUGGAUAGUUUCUCAAUGGUAGCAGGGUUUGCCGCUGUAGACCCUCAGUCUAGUGACAAAAUAGGAUAGUUACAGAAGAGGUCAUGCACCAGAGAGCCGAGCGAGAGCUGGUCUGAGUAAAGGAGCUGUUGUAUACCUCAUUUAUAACUCGAAACGGAGAAAAAACUUGCUUUAAUCUACUUCAAAAGAUUAAAUAAUAAAAUAUAUAAAUAAAAAAAGUUCUGUCCCAGAGCAGAAGCCUGCAGAUGUCUGUUUAAAGUUUGGAGUGAGGAACCGGAUGGAUACCCAGAGGACCGCACAAGCUGAUGCAUAUUAGAAGCCCACCCCACUUAUUUAUAUUUUGUUUUUGAUACAAAUUUAAGUUCACACUAUAGUGCAUAAAUUUUAUACCAAAGCUUUUUUAAAGAUUUGACAGCUGUCGUCUUUAUGAACCCCAAACACUUAUUUGUCGCAGGGUUUGUGCCACUGAUUCUUCUGGGUUUGCGGUCUGCUUGUUCCUCACCUUCUUAGUGGUAACCAAAGACUUUCAAAGUGAUUGUAGGGACUAAACUCUCUCUUCUAGUGCCCUGCCUCAACCAUCAGCUUGUGGUUUUUGAUCAUUGGUCACUCGUGUGGCCAAGUGGGUGGGGUUUAGUAGAAAGAGGAAGCAAAACUGCUCUGCCGGCUUCUGGAAAGGACUUACAGUAACCCCUCAUGGGCUGGGUGAUGUUUAUUAAUACACGCUGAAGGAUGUCCUGGGCUCACUGCAACCUGCUCAGGAUAAACUGUCCUCUAGAGUUCCACUCUGUGGCUGCAGCAAGGCAACACUGUUUCUAUGAUUGUCUACAGAAAACAUGCAAUGUCUCUCCAUAGUCAUCUUUUAGGUGCCGUCAUCCCAUGGUUUUGAUGUUCUGUCGAUGUCUUUUAUCUAGCUUUGCUUUUUCCACUAUCAUGAUUUCAAUUGGUUUGAUCAGCUGUGCAACUAUGCAUCGUUGUCCUCCAUCCUACAAGGGCACCGUCUGUGUGACACGGUCCUUUUCAGAUGGAUCUUAAUAGUUUUAUGUCGAGUGGAGAGUCGAACGCAACUAUAAGCUCUAUCCCAAAGCAAAAAUAUCCAAAUAUGAAAUGUUUUACAAAUGCAGAUACCAAAGAUUACUCUGUUCUUUUUCCUCUUCCUUCCCAAACCCUGCAGCUUGUGUAUUAAGAAACAGAACCCAGCUCUGACAGUAGUCCUAACCUCAGUAAUUCCAAAGCUUAGAUGUAUAUUUUGGUAUUUUUCUGAGAUGCUUAUGAAAAAAAAGAAAAAAAAGUUUGUCAUUUUUAAUUUUCUUGUUCGUUGGAUCUGUUGCUCUUUUUCUGUCACAGCAUGGAAUUUAACUACAAAACUGUCUUACUGUAGGUGAAAUAAAUAGUAUUUUUGUAUGUUUUUGGAUUUCGGUGUAUGCAAUAUCAGUUUCACUGGCAAACUUAUCAUUGUUUUUAUAACCAAAAUGAAAAAAAAAAGACUACAUAAUUAAUUGGUCACUGAUUUCAAAAUAAAUCCCUAUCUAUACUCUUUCCAUGUUUCAUACGGCUGAAGCUCAAGGAAUGUGUUCCAUUCUCACCUGGUCACAUACUGUAGAUGUCUAUACUUCUAUAUUUCCCUUCAGAACGCUGUAAUUCUCUGUUGUAAUCGUGAUGAUUGGUUGGAUUCUGAGUAUCACUACAGACCUGAACUCUAGUGCCACUCGUGGCCUGUUAUCAAGCGAACACACACACACACACACCCAAGACUGAACGCUAAAUAGCUACAUCACCGUAGCUUAGAUCUGAAUGAUUGUGUAGAAUAUAAGUAUGUGAAUCAGGAUACAUGGUAGAUUCGAUGCAUUUGUCUGCUGUAUUUUGUUUGUUUAUAUAUAUCUUUUACUGUAACUGUACAGUUCUCUUUUGUUGUAAACAUUAAACCAUUUUCCAAGUGUUUUAAUAUUCUAA